UUCAACGUAAAAAGCUGUUAAAAAUUUUUGAAAAUUUCUUGCUUUUUAAUGCCAAAAAGUAUACGCUAAUGUCGCGCUUAAUUUACACCACAUCAACAAGCACCAGCUAUAAGUCGCAGUCGCGUUCGAAACGGAAAAUUUGUGCAAAUUUAUAACUUGCAACAGCAACUGUAACUAACGCGUUUCGUGUGUGUGCAACAAUUUUUAUUUAAUGCUGCGCAAAGCAAUUCAAUCAAGCAGAGCCAAGCUUGCCAACCAAAAUCAUAGCAAAUAAGUGUGCAAGUUAAUUUUUCAACUACGAAAUUUGGUUACAAUAAAAUAUAUGCAUAUAUAUAGAAAAUAUUUUUUAAAUGAAAAAUCAUAUAUCAACUGUUCUGUGUGAAAUGCGUAGUGAUUUCAAAGAUAAUCAUCAAGAAACAAUUAAUAAAAUGAUACAAUUUGGCACCGUUAAAUAUGGUAUCGUCAAACAAUUGAAAGACCGUGCGCACAGCGUGGAGAAAGAUGAGUCCAGCGAUCAGGAGGAGAAUGGUGCUUGCUGCUCACCCAUUGCUAGUCAAGACGUGGCGAGCAAUACCGAAACGACAGCAACAAGUGCCGCAGUAGCGGCAACAACAGCCAUGCCCACAGUUAUGCUUGCAACGCCGGCACACAGCGCAAUUGGCAAUGAUUUGUCCGUUGCGGCACAAGUGCAAGAUCGCACUCAAAGCGCAGCGGAUGCGCUUGAACAAAGUACAACAACAACAAUGAGCGUGGCGAGUGAAGAUCACAAUCACAACAACACUAGCAACAGCAACAGCAAUAAUGCUAUGUCCGGUGUAUCACCGACGCGACUAGAGCAGGCGCGCGGUUCAACACCCGUGGAGCGCCUACUACAAUUGAAACAGCUUAGCGAUGCGGCCGCGUCGGCGAUGGUGGAAGCGAGCGCAGCGUCAGCAAUUAGCGUUGCCAGCACACCAACAUACAAUACAUAUCCGCUAGAUAGUGCUAGUUUUGUGGCUAACAAUAACAAAUUUGGUGCGCCCACACCAAUGGACACUGAAGAGACGGAGGAGAGUACGCUUUAUACAUCGGCUGGUACGAUGGCAAAGCAGCGCGCCACACUAGCAGAGCUAGAUAAUAAGGAAGUGGAAGAGAAUGGUGAUGAAGAUGAAGAUCAACAAACUGCCCAAGAGUUAGCUGUAAAGCAGCGCGCCGCGGAAUUAGCGGCGGCUAGCGCAGCGCUAACAAAUGCCAACAGUAUGGAUGUUAGUAAUGGCGCGGUCACCAGCGAAGCAGAUGACAUUGCAAAGAGCGCUGCCGCCGCGCUUACGCCCACAGCGAGCGCGCUAGCUAGCGCAGCUGGUUUACCACAAGCCGCGGCCGCCGCCGCUUUCGGCGCUGCGCCGGUCAACCUGGAAGCCAUACAAAACAUGCAAAUGGCUAUCGCGCAAUUCGCCGCCAAGACGAUAGCGAAUGGCGCACAGGGUGGCGAUAAUGAUGCGGCAAUGAAACAGUUAGCUUUCUUGCAGCAAGCGCUGUUCAAUUUGCAGCAACAACAACUCUUUCAAAUACAACUCAUUCAACAAUUACAAUCGCAAUUGGCCAUGAAUCAGUCGAAGGGUGCGAGUGAUGGUGAAGUUGGCGACGGCGAUGAGUUGGAGGAAGAGCGCGAAGACGGCGAAGAAGAUACAUACGAAGAGGAGGAACGCAUUGCGGAAAUGGAGUUGCGCCAGAAGGCGGAGGCGCGCAUGGCCGAGGCUAAAGCGCGUCAACAUCUCAUCAAUGCUGGUGUGCCGCUGCGCGAUGAAGCUGCCAUCGACGAUCGGGAAACUAGUUCAGCUGACACCAGCGGCAGCGCGCUGAACGGUACAGAGUCACUCAAGCGCAAGCGCGAAGAUGACGCUGAUGCUUUUGAGGCUGUGGCUAGCAGGCGCAUGAGUGUGGAGGCCUCACAGCUCAGCGCUACACGCGCGAGUUCGCAAAUGCCCAGCGGUAUGGAUGCGUUGAGUAAGCUGAAGGAAAUGGAAAAUAUGCCACUGCCCUAUGGUACUGAUCUCGCCUCGAGCAUAAUUACCAAUCACGAUGAUCUGCCUGAGCCCAAUUCGCUGGAGAUGUUGCAAAAGCGCGCGCAAGAGGUGCUAGACUCCGCCUCGCAGGGCAUACUUGCCAACAAUAUGGCUGACGAAUUUGCGUUCAGGGAUAAGAACGGCGAUGGCAAGAAUCGCAAUGAACCGUUCUUCAAGCAUCGCUGCCGCUACUGUGGCAAGGUGUUUGGCUCCGAUUCGGCGCUACAAAUACACAUACGCUCACAUACCGGCGAGCGACCAUUCAAAUGCAAUGUCUGCGGCAGUCGUUUCACCACCAAAGGCAAUCUGAAGGUGCACUUUCAGCGGCACGCGCAUAAGUUCCCGCAUGUGCCAAUGAAUGCCACACCGAUACCCGAGCACUUGGACAAAUUUCACCCACCGUUGUUGGACCAAAUGUCGCCGGACAGCUCGCCCUCACACACACCGGCUGCGCUGCCACAACAAAUGCCACAACAACAGCUGCCGCCAGUGUCGUUGCCGCUACCCUUUCCACCAAGCGCCGGCUUUCCUGGCUUAACCGGUCUCUAUCGGCCACCAAUGGAGUUGUUGAAGUCACUAGGUAACGUCGGCUUUCCAAAUCCAUUCUUUCCGCAAAUGUCUAAUGCCGUUAGUGAGUCACGCGCUGAAGCGCCGGCGGCACAGACCACAGCCAAAGAGCAUAAUCAAGAUUUGCCGACCGAUUUGCGUAAGUCGUCGGCAUCCAACUCACCGGAGUUGACAGUAGUGAAGACUGAAAUCACCGACGAGAAGGAAGAAGAAGACGCGGUCAAACAAACGACGGCGAUCGCGCAACCAGCAGAAACUCCGGCGGUUGUGGCCGCAACGGAGGACACCACACCCACACUGGCUAUAAAAAUUAAAGAAGAGCGCAUCGACACGGAUUCGCAAGAUGACGAGUUGGAACGUACGGAAACACCAAACGCACAGUUGACCCCCUCACCGGCACGCGCAAAUGCUACAACGCCGACACAGACGUGCGCCAGCACGCCUUUCACUCCACCAACACCCACCUCAAAGUCGUUGGCAUUGCCACCUGUUGUGCAGCCAGCGCAGCCGCCCAUCACAAUGCAUCCACAUCCGUCACCCGGCUUGAACAAUCAUUUCGAUCACUUGCCCACACCGGGUCAGCUGCCACCAUCUCUGCAUCAUCGCGACGACUUCUUUGCCGAGCGUUUUCCGCUGAACUUUACCAAAAAUCUCUCACCCGAGCACCAUUCGCCUAUACGUUCGCCGGCGCAUCUGCAGCGCUCGCCAUUCUUCAAUCCAAUCAAACAUGAGAUGGCACUGUUGCCACGCCCACACAGCAAUGACAACUCGUGGGAGAAUUUCAUAGAAGUUUCGAAUACUUCGGAAACGCUGAAAUUGAAGGAACUCAUGAAGAACAAGAAAUUGACUGACCCGAAUCAAUGCGUCGUAUGUGAUCGUGUGCUGUCGUGUAAGAGCGCUUUACAGAUGCAUUACCGUACACACACUGGCGAAAGGCCCUUCAAGUGCCGUAUUUGUGGACGCGCCUUCACUACGAAAGGCAACCUAAAGACACAUAUGGCUGUGCAUAAGAUACGGCCACCCAUGCGCAACUUCCACCAAUGUCCUGUUUGUCAUAAGAAGUAUUCGAACGCGCUGGUCUUGCAGCAGCACAUACGUCUGCAUACCGGCGAGCCAACCGAUUUGACACCCGAACAGAUACAAGCUGCCGAAAUACGCGAUCCGCCGCCAUCGAUGAUGCCGGGCGCGUUUAUGAAUCCCUUCGCAGCGGCGGCUUUCCACUUCGGCGCUAUGCCAGGUGCCGGCGCUGCCAUGGGUCAUUUAGGACCACACAACGGACUUGGUUCGGAGUCGUCGCAAGGCGAUAUGGAUGAAAAUAUCGAUUGUGGCGAUGACUAUGACGAUGACAUGUCGUCCGAGCACAUGUCCAGCGCACACGACUUGGAUGUGAGCGAUCGUCCGCGUUCCAGCGAUGACUUUAAAGGCCUACUCUUCGAGCAAAAGCUACGUAUCGAUGCUACCGGCGUCGUAAAUACCACACCGCGUCCACAUUCAACGGUCAGCAAUGCGAACUCCGUAAAUUCAGCGCCAACCAGUCCCAGUUCAGCGCCGCGCCACUGUUCCACGCGUGCCAGUUCACCUGCGCGCUCCAUGUCUGAGGCAUCGCAAGGCGCACUCGAUCUCACGCCACGCGCCAUGCCCACGCACGCCAAAAGUAGCUCUCACUCACCGGCCCCGACGUCGGCAACGCCUGCAAGUGGACGCAAGUCGCCCACAUCGCCGUCGCAGCGCAACAGUAGCGCCAAUAGCAGCAUCACUAGAAGUCCAAAUCCAACGUCCAUACAAAAGCCCCAAACGAGUCCCGCUUCUACGCUCACCUCACCAUUGGUGCCAACAUCAGCCGUUGACUGUCUGCCACCAGUGUUGCACCAUCACUUGCAACAGCAGCAUCAGCAGCUGAUGCAACAGCAAGCGGUCGCGGCGGCAGCAGCGCAUGCUCAAGCGCAAGCGCAACAUCAUCACCAACAAUUGCAACAGCAUGCCGUCGCUAUGCAUGCCGAGCAGUUGCGUCGCGAACAUCAAAUCAAACAGGAGCAUGCGGCACAUCAGCAUCAACUGCGUCAACACCACCACCACCAGCAGCAGCAACAACAACAACAACAAGACACGCAUGCGUCUGCACAUUCACCGCAUCAGCUGCCAUUACCACCGUCGCCGCAUUUGGCGCAUCACCUGCAACAGCAACACCAGCAAGCAGCGGCGGCGGCAGCAGCAGCCGCAGCAGCGCAACAACAACAGCCGACGGGCGCUAUGCCACCACAAGGCCCACAACCACCCAAUCCAUUGGUGGCGGCGCGGCCACCGUUCGGCAUGUUUCCGAACCUGCCGCUCUUCCCGCCGGCCACAGCGCAAACGAUGUGCUCCGCUAUGAAUACGAUUGCGCAAUCGGUAAUGCCGGCGGCACCAUUCAAUCCACUCGCACUUUCCGGCGUGCGUGGCAGCACCACCUGCGGCAUCUGUUUCAAAACAUUCCCCUGUCACUCAGCUCUAGAAAUACACUAUCGCAGCCACACCAAGGAGCGACCGUUCAAGUGUACCAUCUGUGAUCGCGGUUUUACCACAAAGGGCAACCUCAAACAACAUAUGCUGACACAUAAAAUACGGGAUAUGGAGCAGGAAACCUUCCGGAAUCGUGCCGUAAAGUAUAUGAGUGGCUGCAAAGACGGCUAUGAGUAGUGAGACCAUUGCAGUAGAAACAUAGUAGCGAUGGCUACAUGAAAAAACAAACAAGAAGAAGCAGCAAACAAAGAAUUUGAAGUAUCUAGAACGCUGGCAGCGCACUUGAAGCUUCAAAAAUUGCAA